GAUUUGGGGAGAACAGAGGAGUGCUGUAGAGAGUACUGCCCCCUAGCGGCUAUUUUACUUUGGCCUAAUCUCUGCUCACUGUUACAGCAUAUACAAUUUGACGUUGCACCAAAAAUGUUAUUCAGCCAUAUAUUCAACCCGAGGUCAACAUGAGAGACGGUAGGUGUCUUUUAUCAUAGUUCCUCUCAUACUUCCCUUCUUUUUUAUUAGUUUGCUGCGAGCAAAUGCUGUUAUGUUGCGGGCCAAACUUAAAUUAGAAAGAUGACUAUUUAACAUUGCAGUGUCUAUGUGGUUCACCGCGUAGUUACUUUUAACAUUUUCCACUGGAAGUCCGCGUUAAUUACUUAUUACUUCCUCUGGGUGGGCCACGUGUCAGCCGAAUUGAAAAACGGUUCACAAUCAUUCGAGCAAAGUCUGCAGUUGUAAUGCUUGUGACUUGUAAGUGAGAAAUAAACACGUCCACUAAGAGUGGAAAGAUGUAUCAAUGGAGUUUGCUAUGUGGGUGUCGCCAUACGAAAACAAUGACACGUAAAGGUUUGACUUACUGUCACUAUUCGCAGAAGGCAGGUGAUGUUGACAGCUUAACUGAGCGGUAUUAUCUACGCUAUAAAUAACGGAUUUGUUUCUUCAGAAAGUUAGCUAGCUUUAAUUAACGUAUGCCUAUACAAUAGCAUGCUAAUAUCCAUUGGUGGGCUGACGUUAUAAAGUUACUUUGGUUAGUAACGACUGGACAAACUGGACAAAGCAUCUGCCAUCUUGUCAGGGAAACCACUACAUUGGCUACUGCUAUUGUUGAUAGGAAGGGCUUCAGAUUCAGUUUGGAGAUGACAUUUCUACAGUAGCUGUCUUUUCAGGAUCUUUCCUGAUCCUGGCAGCCCUGUAUGGCUUGCCCGGUCCAGUUCCUUUGCCGGGGGAUUCGCACUGUUGGAUUAGUUCUCCUAUACUAUGCAUUCUCUAUAGGCAUCACCUUUUAUAACAAAUGGCUGAUGAAGGGCUUCCACUAUCCCCUCUUCAUGACAUUAGUUCAUCUCGCUAUCAACUUCUGCCUGUCUGCUCUGGCUCGAAGGGCCAUGCAGUGCUGGACAGGGAAACCUCGCAUAAUUCUGAGCUGGACAGAUUACCUCUAUAAAGUGGCUCCUACAGCCUUGGCAACAGCACUGGAUAUCGGACUCUCCAACUGGAGCUUCCUCUUCAUCACGAUUAGCUUGUACACCAUGACCAAAUCUUCAGCAGUGCUUUUCAUCCUUUUUUUCUCUCUGGUGUUUAAACUAGAGGAGCCGAACCCAUUCCUGAUCGUGGUGGUCCUGCUGAUCUCCAGCGGUCUGUUCAUGUUUACAUUUGAGUCCACACAGUUCAACCUGCAGGGCUUUACCAUGGUGCUGCUGGCCUCCUUUAUCGGCGGGAUCCGCUGGACCCUCACUCAGGUCCUCAUGCAGAAAGCAGAGCUGGGUCUUCAGAACCCGAUAGACACCAUGUACCACCUCCAACCUCUUAUGUUUGUUGGCCUCUUUCCCCUCUUCCUGUACAAUGAAGGGCUGAGCCUCAGCACCUCAGAAAAGUUAUUCCGAGUGACGGAGCUCUCGCCUCUCCUGUAUUCACUCAUCACACUGAGCAUCGGUGGCUUGCUGGCCUUCGGUUUAGGCUUCUCAGAGUUCCUGCUGGUCUGCCGGACCUCCAGCCUGACGUUAUCCAUAUCAGGGAUCUUUAAGGAGGUGUGUACUCUGCUUUUGGCAGCUGCUCUGAUGGGAGACAGAAUGAGCCUGAUAAAUUGGCUGGGAUUCGCAGUGUGUCUGUGCGGCAUUUCAUUGCACGUGGGACUCAAGACAUAUUAUUCCAGAAAUAAGGGACCAUCUUUAAGGCAGCUCAACAGUAAGAGCCCAGAGCUGGAGCUGCCAUUACUGCGUCAGAACGGAGACGAUUCGGCUGCAGAAUUCAACGAUGAAGAUGAGGAACAAGAAAUCACGCUCCACUAACAGCAUAGGAAACGGGCCCUCUCUUUAUCAUACUCUUUCAUUUACUCUGUAUCAGAUGUUUUGAACAGUGACAUCAACGUUGGGACACACUGUCACCAAAACAGUGACUAACUCUUCUCCUGCAGCAAUCAUGUCUUCAGGCCAGGCCCGAGCCUCAUUAUGUAGCUCUGCAUUAUCUGUGGACUUGACACAAGUUAUGAUCUUGUGCCUUAGGGAAGCUUCAAAAAUGUAGCUAAUACAUGCUAGUGUCAACAACGUGUGAUAAAUGGGGAACGAGAGGUUGUUGAAUACUUUGACAGAUUGGAUUGUAGUAGGUCAUUUGUCUUCGCUAGAUACUACUCAUCUAGUUACAUUGUUGUAAACCAAAGGAUAAGAAAACGUUUGACGGGGUUAUACAGGGGUGCAAACAUGUCAAAUGUCGGUGAAAAACAUUUUUUAAAUUCAGACGAUGGCAAAUAGUCAUCGCAUCCCCUUUGCGCUGUGACACUGCUGGUAUAUAUGAAAAAAUCCACUUGUUACCUUAUGGUGUGACGGACCUGUUUCUGGGAUGCACUCUGGUAUUAUGUACAAUUACUAAUCUUACUUUUUUCGUAAGUGCCUUUAACUGAUGCUACCCUAUAAAUGAAUUUUGCAGCUGCAACAUGACACAUUUUAAAGCUUAUUUUCAACACAUUUUUUUCUUGGUGGGCCUUAGGGUUUUCAUUGUUUUUUUCCCUUAACCUUUUUCACCCCGGAUGACUUUGCACCCCUGUUUUCAAGUGUCUGGUUUAGGAAAAAUCCACUAAAAGUGAAAGUGUCCUGGUAUCCCUGAAAUCCAGAUUGGGAACAAUGGUAUCAAAUUUCGGGUGUGUUAUUUAAUUUAUUUCCGUUCGUCAUGUAGCCCGACUUAUUUCAUUUUUACUGUGUCAAAACAAGAUGUAAUAUUGUUCCUCCGAUUCCAAUUUUCGCAGAUGCUUUUGCUGCUCUUCUUUCCAAGUUAAUAAUAAUUAAAACAAAUACUAUCACAUUUGAGUAAAAAAAAAGAGGAAAUAUUUGGCUUUUUUAUUUUUCAAACAUCAUCUUAAUGAUGAAUUAUUUCCUGAUUAAGUUCAAAGAAUGAGUCAAUGGAAAAUUCUUUAAAAAGUCCAGACUUUUAAAGAAUUUUCUGGGCUAACAGUGCCUUUUAAUAGAGAGAAAGAUAUGAAAGGGGGAGACAGAGGGGAUGACACAUGGUCUGACGCCGGAUUCGAACCCAGGUCCUCUGCUUGGGGACCUAAACCCAGUGCAUGGUCCGGCAGCUCUACCAACUGAACUAAACGACAGCCCGGGAGAAAGGUCUUUUGAUUGUGUUAUGAUGGUGUAUGUCUUGAUAAUGGAAGAUGUAAUAAUAUGAUUGUUUUAAUCAAAGCUAUCCCUGCUAACAGCAUUCAUUUAAUUAAAGUAAAACGCUGCUGGGUUUAAGAUAACUUCUUGGGUUUAAGAUAACUUCUUGAUUAAAUGUAAUGGUCUCCAGCCAUUCUAGCCAUUAUGUGAGGAGUUGUGAAAUGGCUUUACCUUAAUGUGCCUCGUUAAUGUGACAGCAGUCAAGAACCCUCAUUUUAAAGAACUAUUUUCAAUCGUAGUUGAAUCCAGGAUUGUGUAGCUGAAGUUGUUGAUAUUAAAGCAAUUACAAAGGAAAAAAAGGACAGUAUUUGUUCUGUAAAUUUGAGAAUUGUUGUAAAACUGUUUUGGAAAAUGUUUUUUGUUCCUUUCACAAUAACACUUUACAAUGUCAGAUUUACAGGUACGCAAGAUGCCAAAUAUAGAUCAAUGAGUAAUAUGAAUUAUUUGACAUUAAAUGCCCUAUCUUCGGCUGCAAUGACUGUGAUUAAGUUACACAAUGUAACUUCAAAUAAAUUACCAGACUUGCACCUAGUUGACCUGCCAGCGUAGAUUUAUGCAGUUUAGCCUCAGAGUUUGGCCCCAUUCCAACACAGCUGUUUGGAAACUAUUUAAGUGUACUAUAAUGCAGUCUUCAUGGAAUAAUAAGUGCCUGUGAUGGACCCAUCUUUUCUGCAAGGUAUUGGUUUUCAGACACUGCACUAUGGUGACCAGAGUGGGGUCAAACAGAUGGCUAACUGACUACAAAGGACUAGAAACAUUUGUAAGUAUUUCAGCAUUAAGUAUUAGAUACUCAGGAGGAAACAAAAAUAGGUCUAUACCUGUUCUCCUUUAGGGUAUUUACUUGGUGCUUGUCGGGUAUUUUAGGAAAUAAGUAAUUGCAUAUAAGUAUUUUGUAAAAGUGAUUCUAAAUAAUUGUGAUUUCUAAUAUGUUUUUCUUUAGAGAUGUGUCUAAAAACAAAUAAACAGGUCGGCUAGGGUAAAAAAAAACAA